AUGCCGUCCAUGUUUGCCGGGGCUCCCUCCGCCCGUGGUUUAGGACGCGUUAACUCGCUGCAGAGGAACUGGGAGGAGCCUGACGACGAGCCGAUUGCUAUUCCGCCUCCGAGCAGCCAGGAGAUCGAGUGGUCCCCGAGUCCAGAGGUACAUAAGCCAAAUCCUUUCACUGGUGCGAAGCCAACGGUGGUCACCCCGGCGGUCGCAUCGGCGCAGCCACAGUCUGAUGAAGGUCUCACGCCUGCCGACCGCCGACGUCGAGCAAUUCUCGCUGCGCUCUCCACGAAUGCGAGCAGCCCUGCGUCUGGAAGUGCACCUCCUCCCAAGCAGAAUGUUUCGUCCUCGAAAACGCCUACGCGUCCAACUGCAUCCGCACCGCUACCUCUACCAAGUUUGCCUAGUUUGCCGAAGCCAUCGGCGAAGAAGGUGUUAGCGACGACGGAUUCGGCGGGCGGUCCGUCCAAGCCUUCGGCCAAACGUGUCAAGGCGCCCACGGUCAACAUUCGUCAGAAGAUCCUGCUUAGCAAUGAGCAGAACAAGGUCCUGCAGCUUGUCGUCCAUGAGGGCCUCAACGUGUUCUUCACCGGCUCCGCGGGAACCGGAAAGUCUGUUCUGCUGCGCGAGAUUAUCCAUGCUCUGAGGAAGAAGUACGCCAAGGCAAACGAUGCUGUGGCCGUGACAGCGUCAACGGGUAUUGCCGCAUGCAACAUCGGAGGCGUGACGCUUCAUGCAUUCGGCGGCGCAGGCCUGGCAUUGGAGCCGGCAGAUGCACUCUGCAGGCGCAUCAAGAAGAACAAGAAAGCCGUUCCUCGUUGGUUACGCACGAAAGUGCUCAUUAUUGACGAAGACCUCUUUGACAAGUAUGAUCAGAUCGCCCGCAUCAUGCGCAAGAAGCCGGACGUGCCAUUCGGUGGCAUGCAGGUCGUCGUGACUGGCGACUUCUUCCAGCUUCCCCCGGUCACCAAAGGCAAUAACGCUUCCAAGUUUUGCUUCGAGGCUGUUUCUUGGACGAAGACGAUUCAGAGGUCGAUCAACCUGUCCCAAGUCUUCCGUCAACGUGACGAGAGCUUCAUCGAGAUGCUCAACGAGAUGCGUUUUGGCAGGCUUACCCCUUCGUCCAUCGAGCGUUUCCGAUCGCUGUCCCGCCCCAUCCACUACGACGACGGAAUCGAGCCGACAGAGCUAUUCCCUCGCCGAGAAGACGUUGAGAGGUCGAACUACAACCGCAUCCAGGCCCUCAACACUGAAGGAUUCUCGUACCCCUCCACGGAUGGGGGUUCGAUCACCGAUCCCGUCCAGAAGGAGAAACUGUUGUCCAACUUCAUGGCGCCCAAAAACAUGAGUCUCAAAAUCGACGCCCAAGUCAUGCUCAUCAAGAAUGUGGACGAGACCUUGGUGAACGGCAGCAUGGGCAAGGUCAUCGGCUUCUGCCAUUCCCACGAAUUCAUGCUCGACUCCAAUGGCAAGUGGCGCAAGGAUGUUGCUGCAUCGGACGACGAGGCGGAAAACGAAGCGCGCAAGAUGCGCUCGAUCUUACGCCAGAAGGUGGCGAAGAACGCGAAACCCUUCCCGGUCGUGCGUUUCAAGGUGCCUGGCGGAACGCAAGACAUGCUGGUUGAGUACGAGACAUUCAAGAGCGAGCUGCCCAACGGUGAGAUUCAGGUGUCGAGGUUACAGCUGCCCCUGAUCCUCGCCUGGGCCAUGAGUAUCCACAAGUCGCAAGGGCAGACUCUGGAUCGCGUCAAGGUCGACCUCGGCAAGGUGUUUGAGAAGGGCCAGGCGUAUGUUGCUCUGUCUCGUGCGACUUCUCUGGAGGGCCUGGAGGUACGGAACUUCCGCCCGGACAAGGUCAUGGCGCACCCGAAGGUGGCGAGGUGGUCUGCCACUCUGCAAGAGCUCAAGUAG